AGACAAGGUUAUAAUAGCUUGAACAUCAUGAACAAAAAACACUAAUCUGACCUAGAAACAGUGAUGCCACUGCUUUUGUCUGGGGAUGCCUAGAAACAAGGGGAAUAUUUUACUCUUUAUUUUACAAAACUAAUAAAACAUAAACUAAUUGGUUACUAAUAAACCGCAUUAACAAGGCCCGUGUGAAAUGAGCUCUAAAGUUUUGACCACCAUACUGAUCUUCAAUUCAAACAUUUAAGGGACAGAAGCGCGUAACGCCACAUGCUAACUAACACUUGUAAUCCUAACCUAACUUUUUUUUUUGCUAUCUACCUCUCUCUUUAUAAUCACCCAACCCAAGAAAACUUUUUUCAUUAUUAUCAUCAAACAUCAUCAUCAUCAUCAAAACAUUCAAACCUAAACCCCAAAGUCAUGUUUAAUCAAAUCAUGUUUUCUUCCGGCAUUCAGACACCGUUACCCUCCGUCACGAAUCUUCAAGUUGAAUCCGUUAACUUUCCACCGUCCGUCAUCUCACCGGCUUCCUCCAACCGACUCUUCCUCGCUGGCGCAGGUGUGCAAGGUUUGGAUAUCCAAGGAGAUUUUGUGAUCUCCACCGUCAUCGGAGUUUACCUAGAUCCUAACGCCUUAGAGGGACUUCCCUUUUGCGGUACGACAGAGGAGUUAGCGGAAUCCGUCCCUUUCUUCCGUCAAAUCGUCACAGGUCCUUUUGAGAAAUUCAUUAAGGUGACGAUGAAACUCCCGUUAACGGGACAGCAAUAUUCGGAGAAAGUAACAGAGAAUUGUGAGGCAAUUUGGGAAUCGUUAGGGAUAAACGCGUACUCUGACUCUCACAUCUGUGAAGACUGUGAUCCUCCUCCCGGUGCAAAACUUCGUUUUAACAAGAUCACUAAAACAUUUGGUCCAUAUCGGCACUACUCUAGGGGUCAUGCUGUGGUGAGGUUCCUGGAAAUCUUCAAGCACAAAAAGUUCCCUCCUGGUGCUUCCAUCCUCUUCGCUUUCUCCCCUAAAGGCUCUCUUACGGUUGCGUUUUCGAGUGAUGAUGGCAUUCCUAAAAGAGGAAACACAGCGAUCGAGAAUAAGUUUUUGGCAGAGGCAAUUCUUGAAUCAAUCAUUGGAAAGAACGGUGUGUCUCCUGGGGCUAGGCUGAGUGUAGCUGAGAGAUUAGCUCAGCUGAUGAAGCUUGAACGCCGGGCUGAGACAUUAAUAUUGGCCGACAAAAAAAUUAUGAAAAAUAACGAGGUCAAAGAAGAUGCAACAAAGACAAAGACUGAUCAAGAGGAAGCUAACGAUCUCUCCCUCGGAGAUAAAUUGGCUGAAGAAAACUGACCCUCUAGGAGAUUUUUCUUGGUUUGUGAGGGCUUUAUGUUUCUCUGCUUAAUAACGUUUUAGUUCUCAUCGCAUGUUUUACAAUCUGCUUCUAUUCAUAAAUAGUACUGUAUUAAAUAAUCACAUGGAGUUGAUUCAAAAAAAUCCAAACGUAUCAAAAAUGUAUUAUCAGCUGAUCUUGCUUCUAGGGAAUAGAGAUAAUGCCGAGCAAAACCGGAUUACAUGUCAAAAGGCUAAAACCUAUACGAAAUCUGGACCGAUCCAAAUAUUUUCAAUUGGGUCGACAUGCAUAUUUUUGACCCAUUAGAGCAAGUCCAUUGGUAAGAACCCAUAAUGGGUUCUAAUCAAUAAUUUAGUAAUUAAUUUAGUGAUUUGAAAGGUUUAGAACCUUUGUUAGUCUAAUUUAAUUUUUCAUCCUCCAAUGGGAGAACCUCAUUGAGGUUCUUAAUUUUUUUUUUUUAAAUUGAUUAAGGUUCGGAUACAUACAUCUGUGUCAUAAAAACUCAACAUUAAGAUUCAUCUCUCUAUCAAAUUGAUUCAUAUGAAGAAGAACUUACAAUGGUAGGUCCAGAAGUGUAUUCAAACUCCUCAGAGAUAGGUUUCUUCUUGGUGGAAGCAGAAGCUAAAGUGUGCAUCUUGGUGUCAUCGAUCACUUGCACAUAAAGAUGCUUGUUCGAGCGAAACACGCACAUCCUUGGCCUCUCCGCUGUACCGUUAACCUAUCACGAGUUACAGAACUCAUAUAAUAUACAAACACAAAUCACCAAUUUCUGACAUUGCCAUAAGAAAAAAGGUGUACACGGUGAGGGAAAGGACCACAACCGUUGUCAAGAUCGCUGACUCUAGAAUCACUUUCCCUG